AUGCGCGGCUGGCGUGAAGUGUACUUUGGUGGGCAGCGGGGUGGCCGGCAAACGCGAGGAGAGGUCAAUAUGGGCCCGCAGCUUGUCGCGGCCCGACCUCAUUGUGGCAUCGACAUGCCAACGGAUGUGCCGCUUCCCCUCACGGUACAAGCGCGGCCGAAUUUGGUUGGUCCGAGGGUGGUGACACCCAGACCUGCACUACGUCCAGAAGCUGCCCAUGAGUCGAGUGCACCUGUACACGCUGCGGCGUCAGCUGCUGCACCUGCCGAACAGUCGUACUUGGAGGCGGCGCCAGCUGCUGCACCUGCUGUUCCUUCGGAGGCGGCAUCAGCUGCUGAACCGGGUCCAGCUGCCGAGGAUCACAAUGUCGUUCUGAAUCCACCCGGCUUCCUCAAAGAGACGCCCGUCGCGCACGGCUGGUCCAUUAUAGUGCUGAAAGAUGGCAGUACUUUAUACGUGAAUCGCUAUGCGCGUGUAUCCACGUUCAGGCUUCCGACUGAAUUUACGCCAGUUCCGGCAGCACCCCAGCCCGACGGGGCCGACGCUUUAUAUCCCUGGGAGGUUUGGUCCGAGUUCGGACGAUAUGCUGACCGGAAGUACUGGUACAACGUGGAGACACAUGAGAUCGCGAAGUGGGAUGUCUUUGCAUCAGCACUGGAGCAGAGCCGCGAAAGACUUUUCCGAGAGCGUAAGAGGGCCGCUGAUGAGCGCGAUCGGCAGGUGCAGGCCGAGCUGGCCAAGCGACGGCGGCGGUGA